AUGCCUAACGAGCUGCCAAAUAAUUUGAAACUGUUUAUGGAGGACAAAAAGUCAAGUGGUACCAUCCUUGUUGCACUCGGCACGAAUGUACGUUGGAUUAAUGCACCGAAUUCGACGCAAGAGGCAUUUAAUCACACGCUUCGACGAUUAUCUGAUUACAGGAUAAUAUUUGUAUACGAUGGUGAUAAAUUAAAUGAUAUGCCACCACAUAUCAGAGUGUUAAAGUGGGCACCGCAGCACGGCAUUCUUAGCCAUCAGUCGACUCGUCUUUUUAUCAGCCAUGGCGGUUUGAAGAGUUUAAAAGAAGCGAUCUGCUCAAAGACUCCGAUGUUGAUUCUUCCAUUAUUUGCCGAACAAACUGUCAACGGCGCAUUCGCUCAAAAACUUGGCUUCGCUCGUACAAUCAGCAAAUCGGCGCUAAGCGGCGAGAAGCUUUAUUCAGUGGCGAUCGAUCUGCUCACGCAUCCACGUUAUACGGAGCGAAUAACGACGGUUAAGGAUAUUUUCACGGACAAAGUGAUAAAUCCGUUGGAAGAAGCGAAAUUUUGGAUAAAUCGAACGAUUAAAAUGCAAAAAAUUAGCGAGAAAUUUAAACGAAAGGGAAUGUUUUUGUACACUUUUCAGUAUUUUUACAUGCCUGAAAUCGUUGCUCUCUCUGUUUUAAUCCUUUUUAUGGCAAUUUUUUAA